CAAAGAUGGAGUGUGAUAGGUGGCGGUAAAGUCCCUUUGUAUGCCAGCCGCCAUAAACACCACAGAAGAAGAAGGGAAAGAUACGUAGGUCUGAAUUCAAACGUGGCGGUUUGGGACAUAACGUUACUUUGCAACAGAAGAUUUGUUGUUGACUUGACAAGAUGACAGCAGCGGAAGAAGAGCUCAAGCUGCUGAGAAGUCGGUUGAGAGAGCAGGAGGAGCAGCUCCAUCAGGCUGCUCAGGCUGGGUUAGAUCUCCUCAACCAGCAGGUGGAGCUGCAAAACAGGCUGGAUGAACAGAGAGUGGAGAUGACCAACUCUCUUGAGGCACUCGAGCAAGAAAAGUACACCUUGCAGAAAGAAGUGGAGCUCAAAACUCGGAUUCUGGAGUCACUGCAGGCAGACCAAGACUGUGUAAAGAAACAGCAGAAUCAACAGCUUCAGGAACAACAAGAACAUUUGGAGAGGAACCACAGCAUUGCACUUCAUGAGCUUAAUAGCAAGGUCUUAAGGUUGCAGUCAGCUCUGGAGGAAACUCAGCUCAGUGAGAAACAGCUGAAACACAAACUUGAGGUGCAGACACAGACUUUAAAUAACAAGAUGGAGGAGCUUCAAGCUCUGAAUGAACGCAUCCAGUGCUCGAUGACAUCUGAGAUGAUAGAAGUGCAAAUGAGGGUCAUGGAGCUGGAGAACCAUAAGAUGCAGUGGGAGCAAACUCUGCAGGAAUCUCAGUACAGAGAGCAGCAGCAGGAACUGACCAUUACCAACCUGCAGCAUCACCUGGAGCGAAUCACUAAGGAGAACGAGGAGCGAGAGAAGCAGGCUGUUUCCUGGUUUAAUUCAUUAGAGAAAUCUCGUGAAGCAAACAGGGAUCUUCAGAUUCAACUGGAUCAGGUUUUGCAGCAGGCCCAGGAUCCCAACAGUAAAGGCAACUCCCUCUUUGCUGAGUUGGAGGAUAAGCGUGCUGAGAUGGAGAGACAGCUCAUCAGUAUGAAAGUCCAGUAUCAGUCUUUACAGAAACAGUAUGGCUUCAGUAAGCAGCAGCUGCAGCGCAUGAAGUUUCAGAUUGCUACUCUGAUGCAGCUCCAAGCGUCCAGGGCCGACCCUGCUCAGCUGGAGAGACUGCAGGCCAUGCUGUCAGAGAAGAACGGGGAGAUCCAGGAUCUCAUGACUAAACUGCAACGACUGGAGAAGGUGGAGAUGAUGUUAACCUCGCAGCCAGCUAAUCCUGCUCCAGCAGAAAGCCCUGGCACCCAAGAUGAAACCUAUUACACUGACCUGCUUAAAAUGAAGCUCAACAACUCUGUUAUGGAGGCAGAGCGUCUAGGAGAUGAACUUUCCCUACAGAGAAUGAAGUCUUUGUCCGAGAGUCAACGAGCUUUGGAGUUGGAGAGAAAGCUGUUCACAGCUAAUCGGUUGCUCAAACAGGCUCAGAGUGACAAGGUCAAAUUUCAGCUGCGAGUAGAAGAGUUACAACACAAAUAUGAACCCAAAGAGGAAAAAAAGAAUUUAAUCCAGAGGACCAAGAAAGAGAAGCUGCCAGUAGAAGUCAUUCCAUCCUCUGAACAACCUGCAUUUGUCACGGCUGAGCAUGCCGUUGCCAUGGAAAUGAGUGUCUCACACCCUAAGACUGCCAAACCCGAGGCUGACAAGUGUCCUUUUGCUGCGACAGUUAGCAGCACACAAAGCUCAAAGCUGGAGCUACGGCCUGCUAAGUGUGUCAAGAUCAGUGAAGGUGAACCUGUGAUGAUUUCUGAUCUCAGCUGCUCUCUGGAUGUUUGUAAAGAGAAGUUGAUGGAAGAGAACCAGCAGCAGAACAGAAGAGAGGAGAGAGGCAAACAAAAAUCAGUGGAGAUUAUCCACGUCAGCUCCAAAAGCAGCUCAGAGAACCAGUGUGCUCAGCAGUAGCUCAUCCUGAGUAAGACAUGCUGUGACAUGCUGCUUCUUUUUAUAGUCAAUCAAUUGAGUUGUUGAUUAAUCAGUUAAAAUCUGUAAUGUACUGUAUGUUAAAUGUUUAGUAAGAUAUUUCUUGAUAAUACAUAACUACUCAGAUUUUACACAGUUGUGGUUUGGAAUGACAAUGUUUAGUUUACAUCUGUUCCUUUUUUUUUCUUAUUAGAUGUUGAAUAUUAAACAUUUCCUACAUAGCAACCAGGACUUUGAUAAAGUACUCUCGAAGCCAGAUUAUUAUUGGUCCGAAAGUUUGAAAUCUGCAGUGCAUAUGUUGGCUGCAGCGGCAUACAGCACUAGUUUGAACUGUAUGUGCUUGGCAUUUCGAGGUUUGGGAGUGGCUAUGAAAUUUGUGGAUGUAGGGGUGUAGAUCAGGUGAGAAAGGAAACAUGUUGGUGGGAGAGAGUUGGUUCAUGAGGAUAGAUGCAGAUAAAUGAGCUAAAGUACAGACACACUGGUUCAAUGCAGCUCCAUUAAAUAUAGGGGAACCUAGAAUUUAGUGGUUUAAAUGCUGUUAUAUAAAUCCUACUUUUUAUCUUUUAAUUUUAAUAAAGUGCCAUUUAUUAUUAAUUGGUUUUCAAAUUA